AUGGAUUGUCCAAAGUGGAUACUAGGCGGUCUUUGCCUGAUUAGCUGGGCCAGUGCGUCCACGUUAAUUGAAUUACUCGGCAGGAUAAAGCAGGAGUUGGACUUUGAAUACCUGCUGCUCAUGAAGAACAGUAACUAUACCCUAACAGACGGAGCUUGGAAUGAGAGUACUUUGCCAAAAGUUCUAAUGGAAGAGUUGUCAGUUCCUGUUGUUCAAUUGGAUGAAAAAAUUACUUAUUUCGUUUACAACAACACACAUAAUCGUGUGAUAUCCCUAGUUCUAGUUGCUAAUGAAAAUUUGGAUGAUCAAAGAGAUUUGUUAAAAGCCUUGGUUUUGAAUCUUAGGCAUAUGACCACUACCAGGGUAUUGUUUUUAGUAAAAAUGCCGGCGGACAGUGAACGGAUGUUGUAUGAGUUAUUUUCCAACUGCUGGAAAAUGAGAUUGCUGAAUGUUAUGGUUCUCUUUAAGGACUAUGAGGUUACGAAUACCUUCUAUAGCUAUUCCCCUUUCCCCACUCUGCGAAUUGAGGAACACCUUUUUCAAACAUCUGAGGAAUCUGUCACUUUUUAUCCUGAUCGCCUGAGGAACCUUCGUGGCUUUCAGUUGCCAGUAAUCAUUGGUGGCACUGCGCCUCGUAUCAUCCCCUACUAUAAAAAGGGCCGGAUUGUCUAUGACGGAACUGUGGGCCACUUUAUGAUGGCCUUCCAGCAAAAGUACAAUUGCAGCUUUGUCCAGCCUCUGAUGGCCAAAAACCCCCUAGAAUUUGCACCGUCCAUGCAAACAGUGAAAGCAGUUCGCAAUAAUUCCGUGGAGAUGUCAAUGGCUCUGACUUUUCCACCAGUGUUCCCCCCCUUCGGAUUUAGUUAUCCCUACGAGCAACUGAACUGGUGCCUGAUGAUGCCUCUAGAAGCGGAUGUUCCACCUUUGGAGUAUUACACCAGGGUCUUUGAGUUAGCCGCCUUUUUGUUGACUUUGGUAAUUUUGGUUAUAAUUUCCUGUCUUUUAACCAUUACUUUGAGGCUGCACGGCUAUCCGAUUGCCUCCACAGAGUUCCUCCUGCACGACAGCUGCCUAAGAGGAGUGCUGGGACAAUCCUUUGUGGAGGUGUUAAGGGCCCCCACUCUAGUUCGAGGAAUCUACCUUGAGAUUUGCGUGCUGGGCAUCCUGAUUACGGCCUGGUACAACUCAUACUUUUCCAGCUAUGUGACGACCUCGCCAAAGCAGCCUGAAUUCCAAAGUUACGACGACAUUUUGGCAUCUAGGAUGAAAGUCGUGGCCUGGAAGCCAGAAUAUGCGGAGCUCUUUGGGCGACUCUUGGAGUUUCGCAAAUACGAGCCGAUGUUUUAUGUAGAACCAGAUUUUAGCAAGUAUCUUGCACUUCGGGACUCGAUGGAUACACGGUACGGCUAUAUGAUACCCAAUGGUCGAUGGCUGCUGAUUAAGGAACAGCAGAAGAUUUUCUCCAGACCAUUGUUUCGCAUGCGAAAUGACUUUUGCUUCUUUAACAACAUACCCUUUGGAUUCCCCAUAAAUGAGAACUCUGUUUUCAUGGAGCCGGUACUCAGAUUGAUAAUGGAACUGGCUGAAACGGGGCUGUCCUUUCACUGGAUGGAGACGGCAUUUUUGGAGAUGAUCCAGGCAGGGGAAAUGCAUUUCCUGGAUUUGAGUCAGCGACGAGAGUUUCGCGCCAUGCAGGCUCAGGACCUUCAGUAUAUAUGGUAUGGCUUCGCUUUUAUGGCAGUAUUUUCAAGUAUCGUAUGGCUUUUGGAAAUUAUCUCUUACAGACUAAAGAGCAAAGCCCAUAUUUCUUUAAUUAAGCUUUCUCAAAUUAAAUAG